UACACACACAUAGAUAUAUUUAUAUUUUAUUAUUUUUCUCGUGUGAUUAUUGUUUACAAAUUAUUUAACAAUCAUGAGUACAUUCCAAUUGCAACGUUGUAUAGAUCUUAAUCCUUCUAAGAAAGAUUUUCAAGAUCUUAUGGAUAAAGCUAAAGAUUGGGCACUUAUGCAUGGUAUGUGUAUGAGAUCAAAGACAAAUUUUAAUAAAAAUCAAGUACAAAUAGCACCUUUUGCUUUAUUACCUUCAAGCUUUCCAAAGAAAUUUUAUGACAAAGUUAAAGAUGUACAAGUUUUAUUAAAUAAACUUACGCACAAAGUUGCACAUGAUGAUCAUUUUAUUAGACGUACUUUAAAAGGAACAAUUGAGGUUGAUGAUUUUACAGCACGGUUAUUCAAUAUAUAUGAAACUGUUUAUAAUGAAGGAUUUGCACAAGAUAUUAGUUUAGGAUUGUUGAGAUCAGAUUAUUUAUUACAUGAUGGUAUUGACAAAGGGAUCAAACAAGUAGAAUUAAAUACAAUUGCGUCUAGUUUCGCUGGUUUGUCCACAGUUGUUUCACAAUAUCAUAGGUAUAUUUUAAUGGAACUAGGACAUGCUGAUAAAUUACAAUUUUUACCAUUGAAUAAUCCCGUUAAUGGAUUUGCUAAAGGAUUAAUUGAAGCAUGGUCAUUAUACAAUGACAAUAAGGCUGUGAUAUUGAUUGUUGUUGAAAAUAUUACAUAUAAUAUAAGUGAUCAAAGAUUUCAUGAAUUUGAAGUACGCAAGUUAAAUCCUGCUAUUAAAGUUAUCAGAAGAAGUUUAAGCGCUUUAGUGCUUGAUGCACAAUUAGGACCUAAUAAAGAAUUAAUUGUUGAUAAUCUAGUAGUCGCUGUAGUAUACUUUAGAUCUGGUUAUGAACUUCAGGCAUAUCCUACUGAGAAAGAAUGGGACGUGCGUUUACUUAUAGAACGUUCUAAAGCAAUAAAAUGUCCAUCGAUACAAUAUCAUUUAGCAGGAACUAAAAAAAUUCAACAAGCAUUAGUUGAACCAAGCGUAUUGAAUAGGUUCAUAGAGGAACCUCAUGCAGUGGCCAAGAUUCAAGAAGUAUUUACUGGUUUAUAUUCAUUGGAUUUUAAUGUAGAAGCAGAGAAAAUUAUAACAAAGGCUAUAAAUGAACCUGAAAAAUAUGUUCUUAAGCCACAACGUGAAGGUGGUGGUAAUAAUGUAUACGACGAAAAUAUUAAAAAAUAUUUAACAAAAAUGAGAAAUUCUAAGGAACGUACUGCAUGGAUUCUCAUGGAUCGUAUUAAUCCUCCUUCGCAGAAAAACAGUCUUAUUAGUUCAACAAAUGAUGUAAAUCACGAUGAAUUAAUUUUAUCCGAUGUUAUAUCAGAACUUGGUAUUUAUGGAGUAAUUAUUGGAAAUCGUACUGAUAUACUGUAUAAUGAAAAAUGUGGUCAUAUUCUAAGAACUAAGAUGUCUGAUGAAAAUGAAGGAGGUAUCAUUCAAGGUAGUGGAGUUUUAGAUAGUCCAUAUUUAGUAAAAUAAUAGUAAAAAUAUAAUUUUCAUUUUUAAAUAUCAUCUUAUAAAAGAUAUAG